AACCCCCAAGAAUUAUUCUCUAUAUAUUGCCACAUUUUGCUCCUCCCUAUAACUCCAACUACAAAAAUAUCUCACGCAAUAACAUACCCUAACACAAACACCUUCCUCCCUUAAAAAUGCUGAAGCAUUUCAAUUUCAACAUGAACAUUUUCUUCACGUUGCUUAUAGUUGUCACAUUAGCUAGUUUCUAUGUUCCCCAGUUGAAGCCUCGUCCUUCAAUUACAAUAGCUUUUUGCAUGGUUGCAACCCUAGUAUACCAAUUUAUAAUGAGAACACCCAACAAAAUUUACUUGGUGGACUUUGCAUGCUUCAAGCCAAGCCUUGCAUGCCUCUGCUCCAAGGAAAUGUUGCUCGACCGAGCGAAUCGCGUCGGCUUCCUCUCCGAGGAAAAUUACAAACUUGUGAACAAGAUUCUCGACCGGUCCGGUCUGGGACCAUGGACCUACGUCCCGGAGGGCCUGCUGGAGAUCCCUCCGAGACUAACAUUUGAGGAGGCGAGGAAGGAGACGGACACGGUGCUCUUCGGGGCUGUCGACGAGCUCUUGGAAAAAACCGGUGUUGAAGCCAAAGACAUUGGGGUUCUUGUGGUGAACUGUUGCUUGUUCAACCCUACACCAUCGCUCUCUGACUCCAUUGUCAACCGGUACAAGCUUAGAGGGAACAUUUUGGCCUACAAUCUUAGUGGCAUGGGGUGCAGUGCUGGGGUUCUUGCUGUUGACUUUGCCAAACAGCUCCUACAGGCACACCCCAACUCGUACGCUUUGGUUCUAAGCACAGAAAAUGAAAUAUCAAGCAUGUACUGGGGCAACAACCCUUCAAUGCUCCUCGUCAAUUGCCUCUUUCGCAUGGGCGGCUCCGCGGCCCUCCUAUCAAGCCACCACUCCGACCGCCAUCGCUCGAAGUACGAGCUCUUCCAUACGCUAAGAACCCACGUUGGCGCUAACGACAACAGCUACAAAUGUGUCUUUCAGGAAGAAGACGAGGAGAAAAAGGUUGGCGUGUCUCUAUCCAAAGAGCUCAUGAACGUUGCGAGGGAUGCCCUGAAGGUCCACAUCACCUCCCUCGGCCCGGUGGUGCUCCCGAUCUCCGAGAAAUUGAAGUUUUUGGUUAACCUAAUAGAGAGGAAGGUGUUGAAGACGAAGAUCGAGUCCUACAUGCCGAACUUCAAGCUCGCGUUCAAGCAUUUUUGUAUCCACACAGGAGGUAGGGCUGUGUUGGAUCGCAUGCAGAAGAGCCUCGAACUCGAGGAUUGGCACAUGGAGCCUUCUAGAAUGACACUUUACAGGUUCGGGAACACGUCGUCGAGCUCGGUGUGGUACGAGUUGGCGUACUGUGAGGCUAAGGGGAGGAUCAAGAAGGGUGACAGGGUUUGGCAAAUGGCAUUCGGGUCUGGGUUCAAGUGUAACACUGCUGUGUGGGUUGCGUUGAACACGAUCGAACCGGGGUCUGUCAAGAGUCCAUGGAGGGAUGAGAUACAUAGUUUUCCUAUCAAGAUUGAUCCACUUCCUGUGAAGAAUAACAAAUAAUGAAUCAAUAAUCCAAUCGUGCAAAUUGGGGUUUGGGAAGUUAUGGGGAAAGUACGUGGUUUGAUUUGGAUUAUUAGGAUUUAUAAUGUGGUAGGUUACGUAUGUGCGUUAUGUUAUGGAAGAAUUGCGAACUUAGUUUUCUCUAGCUUUAAUCGAUAACAGCUACAUUUUGGCCUUUGAAGUGUUGUUGACUCUCCAUACUUUCCCUAAUUUGUACUUGUUGUAACAAUAGUUUAUGGCAAACCGAAAAAAUUACUGGUCGAGUCA